AUGCCAAAAAUCACGAUCUUCAUUCACUUCUCAACCUGCUUAUCCAACAACCGACUUAAGUUGAUUAACGCCAACUCAGCCAGCACCAGCUUCCGUAGGUAAGCACGGAGCGCAUCGGGACGGCUUAGGCCGUGUAACCUCGAGCGCCCUGGCUUGUCCUGCGGGCAAGGCCGAGAGGUUGAGGGGGGCCUGUGAAAGGGGGAAUACCCCUUGCACAGACCCUCAAACCCAUUAUUUUAACAACGGUCUCAGUGGACAGGAGACGAACUCUCCUGCCCACUUAGAUACCGCGUGGCGAGCGGGCAUUGUGCGGUGGAUAAAACCGCCCCACAAUGUCAAGCCACCACGAUCGAAUACGUACCGUCUCACCCCAAUAGGUAAGCACGGGGCGCAUCGGGACGGCUUAGGCCGUGUAACCUCGAGCGCCCCUGGCUCUGCACAUGGGGAAUACAGACUGGCCAAGCUGCCGUAGGUAGGCACGGAGCGCAUCGGGACGGAUUAGGCCGUGUAACCUCGAGCGCCCCUGGCUCUGCCUACGGGACAGGUUGGUGGUUUGUGAGAACAUACUGACGACCAGCUUCCGUAGGUGACUACCGUGGCCGUUUCGGACCGCCAAUAUUAAGUGCCGCCCUGGGCCAAGACAACAGCGAGGAACCACCACCGACUAUCAUUAACGAGGGCCGCUAGCAACAUCAUCGCCAUCCAGGGCCGUUGUCACCGUCGUGCAUCAUUAGGGCCGGACUGCCCCCUUCCUCACCAUUGGGCCGCCAAUAUCAUUGCCGCCCCAGGCCGAACGCAACACCAAGAGCCGCCACCUUUCAGGGCCGCUAGCAACAUCAUCGCCAUCCAGGGCCGUUGUCACCGUCGUGCAUCAUUAGGGCCGGACUGCCGCUUUACUCACCAUUGGGCCGCCAAUAUCAUUGCCGCCCCCUAGGCCAAACCGCUACCGAGGACCGCUACUUGCUGUCUGCCGCUAACAUCAUCGCCAUCCAGGGCCGCUGUCACCGCCGUUACUCAUCAGAGGCCCGUUGUUAUAACUAGGGCCGCCAAUACUGCUCUCACUACGGGAGGUCGCUACCGCCCUCACCACUAUUUGGGCCACCGUCAACAUCACCGCAGGGCCGUCACUACUAAAGGGACUGCUACUGCCAUCACGAUCAGCAUCGUCGCUCUCAUUGGCUGCAGUACCCGUGCUGUGGGCAUUUACCCUCAUCACGCUCGCUACCGCUCUCACUGUCAUUAAUCACCGAACCAUCACCGCUCUCACUGUCAUUAAUCACCGAAUCAUCACCGCUCUCACUGUCAUUAAUCACCGAACCAUCACCGCUCUCACCGUCACCGCUCUCAACAACACCGCCACCGUCACUAGCCACUAGACAGUCUCCGCUCUCUGAGCCACGACGCCGACCGCCGACCAGUUAGUCGCUCUCUCCCUCCCCUCUCUUCGUGGACGUCAGGGUACCGGCAGCCUGGCCGAACGGCCGCGUGUGUGUGUGGUUGUGUUCGCUAUAUUCAACUACUGUGUUUAUUUUAUUCAGUGGGGGUUAGUGGGACCUCCACUCAACCCUGGAGCGGCUGAGCUACCUCAGCCUUCGAUAAAACCCACCUCAUAAAUGGCGCCCGAGCAGGGACCCAGCUCUGCAGGCGCAUGUGCAAAAGCACCAACAAGCACCAACCCUGUCGAAGCGGGUUCAUCGAACACACCACAACCAACCAAUAACACACGGACGAGCGAAAACGACACAGCAACGCUGAACGCCGACUCUCUGGGCUGGAUAUACCUACUGAAAAAAGAGAGAUUGGUGGAGGAAUGCAGACAACACCAGUUACCAAUUGAAGGGAACACAGUCGCAGAGCUACGGAGUGCUCUAAGCCACUUCAUCAAAACCAAGCGAAGUAGAAGAUCAACCGAAAAUCUCCUAAAAGAACUAGAAAUGGAGAUCACCGCUGAAGAAGCCAGUAUAGCGAAGUCCUUACCCGAAGUCACCCCAGCCAUAAAACUGGGCGAAUCAUUCCUACACUCCGGAGGAGCAAAACUAGCAGCUCCUCAGCGAGACAGGUUUAGUAACGCCGAAGUAAUGAGUACUGUCCGUCGUUGGGACGUACACUAUUCCGGCGGCGAUGCCCUGCACGACUUCUUGGAUCGGAUUGAGGAACUGGCAGGAUGCUACCAAAUCCUGCCAGACCAACUCCUCCCAACCCUGCCCGAGAUUUUACGCGGUAAAGCACUCCAAUGGUUCCGCGUCCAGAGGCAACAAAUAACCACCUGGGCUAGAUUUCGUACCGGGGCGGAAAAAUUUUUUCUGCCCAAACGACACAUAACGCAGCUAGAAGACACAAUUCGCCAGCGGAAACAGAUGCACAGGGAAAAGGCCAAGGACUACAUCCUCGCCCUCCAGACACUCAUCCGACAACAUCCGGUCAUGUGCCACGAAAACCACCUAGAACGUAUUUAUGACGGUCUGCGAGUCGAAUACCGACUCUUCGUAAAAAGAAGCGAAUUCCAAACCAUCGAGGAGCUCAUGGAGCUCACCGAUGAGUAUGAACUGCUCAAAAAUGAAGAAGCCAGACAAAGUAGACAAGCGGCACACAGCCUUUCCACCAUAAGUAACCGGUACGACGCAAGGAACACCUGCUGGCGCUGCAAAAGGCGUGGGCACCAGCGUUACCAUUGUCACUACCCACGGCGACUGUUCUGUUCUCGUUGCGGUGAAGAUGGAACUCUCUCCAGAAACUGCCCAUACCUCAAAUCAAUCAAUACCGCGCCACCCAUCGCCCAAGCCACUACAGUGCAAUCCGAAUGGAGAAGUAUCGACGGUCGCUUCUACGCCGACGUCACCAUCGAAGGCCUACACGUACGAGCACUGGUGGACACCGGAGCCACUCUAACAUACGUAGACGACAGCACGCGCGUGCAUUUAGAGCGACUCAACAUCCGACCCCAGCCUAAUAAGCGAAACGUCCAACUCGCGGAUCAGACAUGCGUUGCCAGUACACACACCUACCCCGUCAGAAUCAAGUAUAACGAGCGAUUCACACGCACGGCGGUAGCAGUGAUCCCGAACCUGGCAGAACGAAUGAUAUUAGGAAUGGACUUCCUGUCAAAGCGAGGCAUUGUUGUGACCUUAGACGGCCAGCCACUAAAUCCCGACACGUCACCGAGGCCCACACCCACCUUGUGUUGCCUAACAGAACGGGCUCACUUAAAUGAGGAACAAAAUCAGGAAUUGGCACACUUCUUGGACAACAACAAAACGCUGUUCUCCAAAAUCACCGGACCAAGUACAGCCGCCGAACACAUCAUUACACUGCGACACAACCAACCGCUGAAGCAGCGCUACUACCCGCGCAAUCCCGCCAUGCAGCAGGUAAUAAAUACCGAAGUGGACGAAUUACUCACCGCUAACCGGAUAGAACCCUCCAGGAGCGCAUACAGCUCACCAAUUGUACUAGUCAGAAAGAAACAAGGAACCUGGCGGAUGUGCAUUGAUUAUCGUCAACUCAAUGCCGCUAGUGAACCCGACGCGUACCCACUGCCUCAAAUCGGAGCCAUUUUGGACCAGCUAAAAGAAGCAAAGUACAUCUCAACCAUCGACUUAAAGAACGGCUACUGGCAGAUACCGUUAGCCAAGAAGUCUCGGCCAUAUACCGCCUUCACCGUUCCCGGCCGAGGACUUUUUCAAUGGAAGGUAAUGCCCUUCGGACUACACUCCGCCCCAGCCACCUUCCAACGCGCCCUCGACUCUAUACUCGGCCCGGAAUUGCAACCAAAAGUGUUCGCCUACUUAGACGAUAUCAUCGUGCUAGGCGAAACGUUCACCGAACAUAUGACCUACUUACGCGAAGUCUUUCAUAGACUUCAGAACCACAAAAUGCAAAUCAACUUCGAGAAAUGCAGUUUUGUACAACAAAAACUACAUUACUUGGGACACAUCGUCAGCUCUGAAGGGAUACACACCGACCCUGGAAAAGUAGCCGCGGUACGGGAAAUGACUGCGCCCCGAACCAUCAAGGAGCUUCGCCGCUUCCUUGGACUUGCCUCCUGGUACCGCCGCUUCAUCGCUAACUUCUCCACACUCGCGGCACCCCUCAACCAGUUACUCAAAAAGAACGAAACUUGGACAUGGGGCGAAUUACAGAACAACGCAUUUGAGGCGCUCAAGGAAAAACUGACUUCCGCACCAAUACUCUGCUGCCCAGACUUCAACCAACCAUUUUUUCUACAAACCGACGCUAGCGGAGAAGGACUCGGCGUGGUCUUAUUUCAGCGCCAUUCGGAUCAAGAGAAAGUCGUGGCCUAUGCCAGUAGAAGUCUGUCAAACUUAGAAAAGCGUUACUCAGCUACGGAACAAGAAUGUCUGGCUGUCCUGUGGGGAAUUCGAAAAAUGAGACCAUACUUAGAAGGCUACCAGUUCACUGUUAUCACCGACCACCACUCCCUCAAGUGGCUCCACUCGCUACAAAACCCCUCCGGGCGUCUGGCCAGAUGGGCACUUGAGCUACAACAAUACAACUUCGAGAUCGAAUACCGAAAGGGAUCUUUAAACGUGGUGGCUGACGCACUAUCACGGUGCCCGCUGCCAGCCCCCAGCACAGAAGAAGACCUACUGUUCGCUUUGAAUAGCCAACGUACGAGUUGGUACGACAGUGGAUCAACAGCCGACUAUUCCGACAUAUAGCACCAACAAAUCCACUCUCCCGUGCCCCGCAAUGGAAGCUCUGCAUCCCCGCUAACCAAAGGAAAAAGAUCCUUAAAGAAGUCCACGACGCCGC